GGGCAGGUGAUGGGCAGGCAGAACGCAAGUUCUUCUGAGGGCUUCAUCCUGGUGGGCUUCUCUGACCGCCCCCGCCUGGAGCUGGGCCUCUUUGUGGUGGUACUCGCCUUCUAUCUGCUCACGCUUCUGGGCAACAUGGCCAUCAUCCUGCUGUCCGCCCUGGACGCCCGGCUGCACACGCCCAUGUACUUCUUCUUGGCCAACCUCUCCUUCCUGGACGUGUGCUUCACCACGGGCUCCAUCCCCCAGAUGCUCUACAACCUGGGGGGCCCCGACAAGACCAUCAGCUACGUGGGCUGUGCCGUCCAGCUCUACUUCGUCCUGGCCCUGGGAGGCGUGGAGUGCGUGCUCCUGGCCGUCAUGGCCUAUGACCGCUACGUUGCAGUCUGCAAGCCUCUGCACUACGCGGUCAUCAUGCACCCGCGCCUCUGUGGGCAGCUGGCCUCUGCAGCCUGGCUGAGCGGCUUCAGCAACUCUCUCAUCAUGGCCCCCCAGACGUUGCUGCUGCCCCGCUGUGGGCACAGGAGGGUGGACCACUUUCUCUGUGAGAUGCCGGCUCUCAUCGGCCUGGCCUGUGUAGACACCACGACCCUCGAGGCGCUGGCCUUCGCCUUGGCCAUCUUCAUCAUCCUGACACCCCUGCUGCUCAUCCUCACCUCCUAUGGCUACAUCGCCAGAGCCGUGCUUCGCAUCAGGUCAGUGGUGGGGCGCAGGAAGGCUCUCAACACCUGCAGCUCACACCUGGCUGUCGUCUGGCUCUUCUAUGGCACCAUCAUUUACAUGUACCUCCAGCCAGCAAACGCCUAUUCCCAGGACCAGGGCAAGUUCCUCACUCUUUUCUAUACAAUCGUCACGCCCAGUGUGAACCCCCUGAUCUACACCCUGAGAAACAAAGACGUGAAAGAGGCAGUGAAGAAGGUGCUGGGGAAGGGGCCAGCACAAGGGCAGUAG